GGCAUUUGGUGUCCAUUAAUUGCUAAUUUAGGAUUUAACAAAGAAUUUAAUAACACAAAUAAAUUGUACGUAAUUAAAUUGAGCUAAACCCUCAGUAAAUAGAGACUAAACUCCGGACCUCCAUGGCCGUCUGGGUUCAUCAUGUAGAAAGCUUCCGAGUCUUUGGACCCCACCACCCUCUCGAACAUGGCCCGCAUGACCAUGCUACACUUACACCAAAAAAUAUACCCCAUUUGUACACCACAGGUUUGCACAAACAUUUCGAUGGUUUACACCGACACAAGUGUUGGUGCGUUAAUAAAAAUUCACACGGACACAAAUGUUGUGAAAUUUUUUAAAAAAUUAUUGACCAACGCACGAGUACGAAUCUAGUAUCUUCAACAAAUUAAGAAAUGCAUUUUCAUGUGUACCCAAUAAUUUGCACCAGAUAGUAUUAUGAUCAGCUCAAUUUAACCCCCCCCCCCAGAAUCCCACUGAACACACUCAUUCUCCACACUCUCCCUCGUUUUCUUCUGUUGCAUCCCAAGCCGCACAGAAGGGAGACAGACAAUGGCAGACGUCACCGACGACAUAGCAGAGGAGAUUUCUUUCCAGAGCUUCGAGGAUGACUGCCGGCUGCUCCAAAGCCUUCUCAACGAUGUGCUCCACCGGGAACUGGGUCCCAAUUUCAUGGAGAAAGUCGAAAGGACUCGAUGCCUCGCUCAAAGUGCAUGUAACAUGAGAGCAGCCGGGAUAGAGGACACAGCAGAGCUUCUUGAGAAACAGUUGGCCUCAGAGAUGUCAAACAUGACAUUUGAGGAAGCGCUAUCACUUGCCCGGACGUUCAGUCACUACCUCAACCUGAUGGGAAUUGCAGAAACUCAUCACAGGGUACGGAAGGCGCGAGGUGUGACACAGCUAUCAAAAUCUUGCGAUGACACUUUCAAUCGGCUUCUGCAGAGUGGCAUUUCUCCAGAUGAACUUUAUGACACUGUCUGCAAGCAAGAGGUUGAGAUUGUCCUUACUGCACACCCAACACAGAUAAACCGUAGAACCUUACAGUACAAACACAUUAGAAUAGCGCAUCUUUUGGAGUACAAUGAUCGCACUGAUCUUGGGAUUGAAGACCGAGACAUGUUGAUUGAAGAUCUGGUGAGAGAGAUCACUUCAAUAUGGCAGACAGACGAGCUGAGGCGACACAAACCUACUCCAGUUGAUGAAGCCCGGGCUGGCUUAAAUAUUGUGGAGCAGACACUAUGGAAAGCUGUGCCGCAUUAUCUACGACGCGUUAGCAAUGCUUUGAAGAAGCAUACUGGAAGAGGGCUUCCAUUGACCUGCACACCAAUAAAGUUUGGGUCUUGGAUGGGUGGGGACCGAGAUGGAAACCCAAAUGUCACAUCAAAGGUUACGAAAGAUGUGUCUCUUCUGUCAAGAUGGAUGGCAGUUGAUCUCUAUGUACGUGAACUUGACAGUUUAAGAUUUGAACUUUCUAUGAAUCGAUGCAGUGAUACCUUAUCAAAUUUGGCGCAUGAAAUCUUAGAAAAAGAAAAAUCACCAGACAAUCUCAAAGACAAUUGGAAUCAGCAUACCAGUUGGAGUCAAACAAAGCAUCAUGCCCCACAUUUUCCUUCACAGCUCCCUACCGGUGCUGACUUACCCUCUUGCACUAAAUGCAAUGAUGUUGAAUCUCACUAUCCUAGGCUGAAUGUUCCUGGUUCAGAUUUCAAGGCAUUGAAUCGCCAGGAUGGUCAAGCAACUGGAAGCCAGAGAGCACAUGGAAAUGGAACUGCUGUUGCUGUGAGUCCACGAGCCAGUUCCAGUCAGAUUCUUGCUCAAAGGAAGUUCUUUUCUGAAUCUCAGAUAGGAAGGAGCAAUUUCCAGAAGCUCCUAGAACCAAGCUCAUCUCAGAGUCCAGGAAUAGCCCCUUACCGUAUAGUUCUUGGGGAUGUUAAAGAAAAGCUUCUGAAGACAAGGAGGAGACUCGAACUACUACUUGAGGAUCUUCCUUGUGACCAUGAUCCUUCAGAUCAUUAUGAAACAUCUGAUCAGCUUCUUGAACCACUAAUUUUGUGCUAUGAAUCACUGCAAUCUUGUGGAUCUGGGGUUCUAGCUGAAGGUAGGCUUGCCGACUUGAUCAGGCGAGUUGCUACAUUUGGUAUGGUGCUAAUGAAGCUCGACCUCCGUCAGGAAUCUUGCAGGCACUCAGAAACACUUGAUGCAAUAACCACAUACCUAGACAUGGGGUCAUACAGCGAGUGGGACGAGGACCGUAAACUUGAAUUUUUGACAAAGGAACUAAAAGGGAAGAGGCCUUUAGUACCUUUAACCAUAGAGGUUUCUUCGGACGUUAAGGAGGUUUUGGACACGUUUAGAGUAGCCGCUGAACUAGGGAGUGAUUCUCUUGGUGCUUACGUUAUCUCAAUGGCCUCACAUGCCAGUGAUGUUCUUGCUGUGGAGCUCUUACAGAAGGAUGCUCGCCUUGCUGUUGCCGGGGAACUCGGCAAACCGUGUCCUGGGACUACACUUCGGGUGGUUCCACUGUUUGAAACCGUGAAGGAUUUGAGAGGAGCUGGUUCGGUAAUCAGAAAAUUACUGUCAAUAGACUGGUACCGCGACCACAUCGUAAAGAACCAUAAUGGACAUCAAGAGGUGAUGGUCGGGUAUUCUGACUCCGGGAAAGACGCGGGUCGUUUUACCGCCGCAUGGGAGCUUUAUAAAGCCCAAGAAGAUGUCGUUGCCGCGUGCAAUGAGUAUGGCAUCAAGGUCACUCUCUUCCAUGGUCGCGGAGGAAGCAUUGGCCGGGGCGGUGGUCCCACCUACCUCGCCAUUCAAUCCCAACCACCCGGUUCUGUUAUGGGUACGGUCCGGUCAACGGAACAAGGAGAAAUGGUCCAGGCGAAAUUCGGACUACCCCAGGUUGCGGUGAGGCAGCUGGAGAUCUAUACGACGGCCGUACUCCUAGCCACCCUGCGCCCGCCCCAACCCCCGCGCGAACCGAAAUGGCGUAACCUAAUGGAAGAGAUCUCAAACACGAGUUGCGACAACUACCGAAGCACCGUGUACGAGAACCCGGAGUUCCUCGCGUACUUCCACGAAGCAACCCCUCAAGCCGAGCUCGGGCACCUCAACAUCGGGAGCCGGCCCGCGAGGAGGAAUAAGAACACGGCGGGGAUCGGCCACCUCCGCGCGAUCCCGUGGAUCUUUGCGUGGACCCAGACGAGGUUCGUCCUCCCCUCGUGGCUCGGCGUCGGGGCGGGGCUCAGGGGCGUUUGCGUCAAAGGGCACGCGGAGGAGUUGCGCGAGAUGUACAAAGAGUGGCCGUUCUUCCAGUCGACGGUCGACCUGAUCGAGAUGGUUCUCGGGAAAGCGGACGUCCCCAUCGCGAAGCACUACGACGAGGUGUUGGUGUCGCCGGGGAGGCGGGAGCUCGGGGCGGAGCUCCGGGGAGAGCUUCUGGCGGCGGAGGAGUACGUGCUCUUGGUGACGGGGCACGGGAAGCUGUCGGAGAACAACCGGAGCCUGAGGAGGUUGAUGGAGAGCAGGCUUCCGUACUUGAACCCAAUGAAUAUUUUGCAGGUGGAGAUACUGAAGAGGUUGCGGCGGGACGCCGAUAACCACAAGCUUAGAGACGCUUUGCUUAUCACCAUCAACGGGAUUGCCGCCGGCAUGAGAAAUACUGGUUAAUUAAUUAAUUAAUGGGGAAUUAAAUAUCUAAUUCCUAUUCCUAGUUGAAUGCAAAGAAACUUAAAUAAUUAUAAUGAUAAUGUUAGUAUGUAAUAAGGAAACUCCUAUCUU